AUUAAAGCGAAAUGCUCAAAUAAAACAAAAUCUUCUAUUAACACUUGAUUGGAAUUUACCGGAUUUAGUUUUAUCAGAAAUUUUUCAACGUUAUGAUGGUUUGAAAUAUUCUAUACAUACAAAAUUAUUUGAUAAAGCCAUACUCGAAGAAAAUCUUGAAUCAUUUGUUGAUUUAUUUCUUGAUCGAGAAUUUGUUCUACAUCGAUAUUUAAACUCAAAAAAAUUAAUUAACUUAUUUAAUCAAGCAAAAGAUAAAGAUUUUUUCAUAAUAACAUCACUUGAAGGAGUUCGUAGUUUAACAGGAGAUGAAGAAGAAGUAGAAGAAGAUUUUAUUGAAAAGGAUCUUAAUGAAAUUAUUAAACGUUUGAUCGGUAUUAGUAAUUUUUUUUGUAAAAGUGAAAUGGAUAAUAAUGCUGCAGAAAUUUAUCUUGGUGAUAUAUCAGACAAAGAUAUUCAGAAACCAAAGAUAAGAGCAGAAAAAACAUCUCUUCAACAUUUAAUUAUUUAUGCUGUAUUAAUGAAUCGACAUAAAUUAGCAAAAAUUCUUUGGAAACGUUCAUCAGAACCUAUUCCAUUAGCAUUAAUUUGUUGUAUGAUGUUUAAAAACUUAGCACCAUAUUGUCAUGAAUCUUAUCUAAAAUCAUUGACAAUAAAACAAGCCAAAGAAUUUUCCGAUUGGGCUGUAGGCAUUCUUGAUAAAUCAUACAAUGAAGAUAAUAACAGAACAUUUGAAAUGCUUGAUGAAAGACAUCCAGAUUGGAAUUAUAUGACAAUUGUUGAAUUAGCUUAUCGUGCUGAUAAUCGGGAUUUUAUGGCACAUCCUGUUUGUCAAAAAUGGGUUACAAGACAAUUUUAUGGAGAAAUAACACCACGUGAAGUUUCAUGGGGAUUCUUUACUUGUCCAAAGUAUCUAAAAAUCCUAUUGAGUGCCAUUCUUAUAUUUCCAAUGUGGUUUUGGAUAAAUUUUUCUCCAAUUGGUCAAGCACCUUCAGUAACAAAAAAAAAUGCAGAAAUAGAACCAAAACUUGGUGGUUAG